AUGUCAUUGAUGUAUUAGAGUUUCAAACCACUUCUUAAGCACUAUUUUCUAAACAAACCUAUUACACUAUUACAGGAUAGAAUAAAUAAAAAAAUUUUGAAGUACAUAGUAGAUUCAAAAAUUUCUUUGCUUUAAAAAAUCUUUCGUCUUUAUAAUGUUUAGGAUGAUAGGUACCAACAAGUCUUCCAGGAAAGAAACAUUUUUUAAUAGUAAUAAUUCAACGACUUUCAAUCAUUGUUAAAUUUCUUUAAAUAUCUUUUGUUUAAAAUUGCUUCAUCUGCUUCAAUCUGA